UUUUUCGUUCAGUGUGCAGCUGAGAAGUUGACAGCCAGCUGAAAGCUUGUCAGUUUAGUUUACGUUGUCGAGGGAGGAACAAAAAGAAAAUAAUGCUUCUUCGACACAUUAUUCCAACCAACAACGAUGUGGAGGAGAUUUACAUCGUCAAGCAGGAAGAUGCACCGGCCGGACCGAACAGUAAUCCCUUGGCUUCGGGAGGAGCCUCCAGCAGUAGUAAACAGCCGCUGCUUCUGUACGAAAACGAAGACGUCGAAAUCAAGGACGAACCGCUGAGUGUCCACGGAAGCGACGAGGAGGAAGAGGAGGAGGAUUAUGAGGACGAAAAGUAUGUUCCGCCGGUUCCCUUCAUGCAUGGAAUUCCGCUGGACGUCAAACUGGUGGAGGAUCUGCCGAAAAAGUUGGAAGCCGCCGCCAUCAAGAGAGAACCCGUAGAAGAGGCGAUGCCGGAAGUGCAGAUCCCGGUGGAGGAACCCGAUUCGAAGACGGAGGUAAGACUGAAGUUAAGCGAGAGCGUGAAGAAGGAGGAGGACUUGAGCUCGGAUGACGACUGGGGCGAUGACGAUUGUGAACCGCUGGCCAAACAGGUGGAGAAGGCGAAAUGCUUUCCACAUCCGACAGCCAGUAAAGAUCGAUUUGAUUCUGAUUAUUCUAUGUCCUCGAUGGAUGAUGACGAUGAUUAUAGCCCUCCGAAAGAGACUAUCGCCAAGGAAAAGAAGCGACGUGGAAGACGUCCCAAGAAGCUCAAUGGAGACGAAGAGGGAUCCGAGAGCGAGAAUGAUAUCAAAUGCUACGUUUGCGUCGCGGAUCAAAAGGAUAGGACAGCUCUGCAGAAGCACCUAAAAGAUAAACACAAGAAAAUGCUUCCAUUCAACUGUAGCGUUUGUACGUCCCGAAAGAUUACCAAACUGAAGGACUUGAAUUUCCACUUCCGGCAGCACGACGAGACUCGAAGGCACAAAUGCGUUUACUGUGCGGCUCGAUUUGAAUCUGCCCAGGCCCAGGCAAGCCAUAUGCGACGAAUGCACAGCAAAAAGUACGACGAGGACAUGGAGAAGCAUCGGCGUUUCCUGUGCCGGUUCUGCGACAAGAAGUUCACGAAGAAGCACGAUCACGAAGCGCACGAAAAGCGUCAUCUUAAGGAGAGUUCCAGUGAUCCGGAUUUUAUGAAACGGGAAUUGAAAUGCUACAUUUGCAAUGAUUUCGUGGGGAACAGUCGAGACGACUUGUACGCUCACGUGCCAUUGCAUGAUAAGGAGUGGCUACCGUAUUACUGCAAGAUGUGCGACAAUAUGAAGAUCACGACGGGCCGAGUUUUGUCCGAGCACUUGAGACAGCAUCAGGAAGGACUUGCCGUGAAAUGCGUCUAUUGUGAUAGGCGUUUUGCUACUCUGGCCAAUUGCCAGGCUCACGAGAGGACCCACGCUGCCGAAAAAGAAGCAGAUGAGAUCCUGGAUGCGGAAAAGAUGACCGAAGCCUAUGACGCCAAAGUGGUCAUUGAAAACGGAAUCAAACGGUUCCAGUGCGAAAAGUGUGAUAGAUCGUACACGUUGUUCAGCAGUCUGAGAAAGCAUCAAAAUUUACACACCAAAAGCAAUGCUUUCAUUUGCAAAACCUGUGGCCGAGCGUUUGUGAAAGCUUCGACGUUAGCACUUCACGAGCGCCGCAAUCACGACGAGAAUGCCAGAUACAAUUGCGAGGGCUGCGGAAAGACGUUUCGCACAAUAGGGCACCUUCUGGAUCACAGAACACGUACGCAACACUUUGCCGGAAAGCCACACAUAUGCGAAGGUUGCACGACUACCUUCCGAGAAGCGGAAGAGCUCGAAGAGCACCAGAAGACUUGCACCGAAACGGAAGCCAACCGACCGUGCUUCUGCGGGCUUUGCUCCAACGAUUUCCCAACCCUCCAGCUGGCCCUAGAUCACGUCCGCUCCGAUCACGAAGCGGAAAUAACGGAAACCAAGUGUCGCUACUGUGAUCUCACGUUCCGCGAUUCGGAGAAAAUCGUGGAGCACGAGUUUAGGCACACUCUGCCCGGGAUAAUGUCCUGCACGAUGUGCAACCGGAUCUUCAAGCAUUUGAAAAACCUGCAGUGCCACGUGAAGAACCACGGCAAGGCGGCCAUCCCGUUCAUGUGCGACAUCUGCGGCAAGACGUUCACCCAGAAGGGCACGCUGACGAUUCACACUCGGUUGCAUACCGGUGAACGCCCUUACAUCUGUCAACUGUGCCAGAAGGGUUUUGUGGACAAGAAUGAAAUGCGGCGUCAUUACAACAUGCAUUUCAAUCCUCAGAGCAAGUUGUUCAUUCCGAAUGCGGACCAGAUUGCGGCACCGGUCGACGUCGGUAUGCAAGGCAAAAAGUACAAGCAGUACGCCUGUAAGAUCUGUGGCCGCCAGUUGACCACUUCGACCGCGUUGGCAAAGCAUAUUACCACGCAUACAGGCGAAAAGAAAUACCAAUGUGACUUUUGCGAUAAGCGUUUUGCCCAGGGAGGCCAGCUGACGGUCCAUCGGCGGAUUCACACCGGUGAGCGACCCUUUGCGUGUGAAACAUGUGGACAGCGUUUUGUGGGUGGUAGCAACUACAAACGGCACGUGAAGCAACGCAUGUGCAAACCGAUGGCCGUGGCAGAAGUGGCCGCUGCCGCACAGCAACUCACAGUGCCACAACCAGUUCUGCCACCAGUUCUGCCACCGCAAUCGGUUAUCAUUGAACCGAUGGCAACCAGUGUUAGUGGGGAUCAGGUCUAUCCUGCUCUGUAGGCAAAAUGGGUAUUCCAAGUAGGAAAGUCUGGACGACAAUCAAGCACUAGAGUUGCAUAGUUCAUAGGAUAUGGCGCAUUAUCAUAUUGUUUUUGAUAGUGAGUUAAUAUCCUAGUUGGUAACUUGAGUAUCGAAAGCAUUGGAAUGCUUUUAGUACCAGCGCGUCAAAUGUAAUCAACGAGAAUGUUAUAUUACAAGACAUUUCUCGGAGAAUACUUUAUACUGCGCGGAGCUCAAGUUCGUUCUGUAGUCGAUUCUCAGACGAAAAGCUUGGGUUUUCUAGCCAUGUAUCUAAAUGGUAGUUUCAGUUCAUAAUGCCUGAUUUAUGGAAAGAUUUCCCGCAGAUGGUUUGAAGUUUGUAUGGGAAAAGUUAACUAAGUUCUGAUUCUUACGUUUAACGUAACGCAGCCUGGAAUCUUUCAAUAUUGUGCUGAUUCUUUGUAGGCAGGCAAACGAAGCAACAAACAACAAGCCUAAAAUAAGAAGAUCGGAUUCAAUUGGUAUGGAUAUCUCGUAAGUAGGGGCACAAGUGGGGCAUUGUAUCUGACAUCUUUGGAUUCCAGGAUGUUUCACCUUAACUAGAAAGUCUGCAAUCUCUAAUGCUUUAUGAGCAUUUCCAGAUUUAAUUGAUAGGAUUUCUAUGUGUGUCAUUAUGGCAAGUACAAUGAUGAACUAUGCACAAAGAGUUGAUAACAUUUCACUAGCUAAAUCUAGCACACGUCUCUGAAGAUGGCUUUACAAUUGAGGUCGAAAUACGUGUAUCUGGCAAAGAAUGCCUACAAAUUCUAGUUGGAAUCGAAUGGUACAGCACUAAAUUCUAUUUUUAGUUCACCAGUAUUUGUUCACAAUUUUGUUUUUUUUUUCCUUUCGUUGACUUAGUCAAAGAUUGGACAAUAUUUUGAUGUUUUACGUUGAGUCCGAUACUCACGGAAGACUUGUCUUAUUCACUGAUAUAUUAACAAGGAUCAUUGAAGUGGAAUACACUAAAUUCUGCUUCGCGAGGCAUUAAAGCUCCCAAUAUAAAUGAGCAAUAUCAUGUGAUGGAUCGUUACAGAUCUGCUCUUCAACAGAUCUUUACAAUAUAAAAUCUCUGAUGGAACUUUACACGCUUGAUUGUCAAUAGGACGCCUUGUUCACGAAACGAUAAUAUUUAAGCGUAACUUAACGAGUUGAGACGGCAACUCGAUUCAAAUAAUUUUGCCUUUGUACAUUAAUCUUUAUAUCGAAAAGUAUCGCUUCAAUAGGAGAGCCUUUCCAAAAGAUGGCGUUCUAUUCUAAAUCAAACUUGUAUUCAUUGUGCGAUUUAGGAAUGAAUUGAUUAACUUCAAAACGCUACUGCAUUAAGAUUCCAUAACGAUGCCUCAAUCCUCGUAAGAAAACGCAUCAAAUUGAAUCAGUUUAUUUCGGUUAAGCAUCGAAAGCUAGCAGUUAGAGUAAGUACAAUACAUUUAGAAUCAGGAAUAUGUCAAUAAAUUACUUAAACCUAUCGCUAA